AUGCUAUCGAGCGCUCGCGCUGCCCUCCGCAGGCUCCGCCAGAGGGGCGGUCAUCGUGGUCAUGACGGCCAUACUAUCGCAUCUGCAUCGCCUAUCUCAUCCACGACAGCAGAGAGACCACCGGAUGACUCAGAAGACAAUCCACCUACUGAUCCAAAUCCCAUUGCCAUCCACCAGGCAGACUACAGCCUAGAUGGUUCAGCGGCUCAACCUAUACGCGUUAAGCGUGAUCAUUAUAUGUUUGUUUGUGUGAUCAAUGCCAAGGGCACCCCGUCGGGUAAUAAUUAUCACACGUUACUUCUACGGGAAAGGGGCCUGCAAGAUUUCGAUCCUACUUUGGAGGUACCGACAGAUCGUUACUUUUGUGGCGACACAAUGUUCCGUGUUGAAUUCCUAGCCUGGUGGGGCAGUAUAUUCGGCGAGUAUACUAAGUAUUCUCACAAUGUCUGUCUCAUGCUCACGUAUGAUGCUUCGUCGUUGGAAUCAUGGAAUGACAUGACCACCUUUUACGAUGCGCUUCUCCAUCGCUGCAAGAAAGGAGCCCGACCUAUUCUGGGGACGAUGAUCGUUGCUGUGGGCGACGGUGAAGGCGUUGUACCGGAGCAAGACGCUCAAGCUUUUGCCACUCAGCAUGAUUGUGCGUUUUCCAAGAUCUCAUCCAUCACUGGGCGUGGCAUCAACGCGGCAACCUGUACGCUUGUGGAGUUGGCGUACCACUUUCGUGAUCAGUUCCUGGAAGAUGAAAAGGGUACACAAUAUAGAUUAGAGAGAGCGGAGCUCCUUCGAGUGAUGACACCUUGGCCACUGCCAUGGCGCCGAGAAUUGUAG